CAGAGCGCGUCAUCAUCUUUGGGUUGGCAGAGCUUGGCCACUUCUCACAUGGUCAGAUGCCAAGUAGGCUUCACCACACACCGCACUCCAUCACUUCGCGGCGAUGGAUCCGGGGCGAAGUUAACUUCACUCGUAAAUAACUAAGAUGGAUAAAAACGGUUUGUUAUUUUACAAACAGGAGAAGAAGCCGUGCGAGGAUUCAGCACACUGGACAGCUCUUCCCUUCUUGUACUCCCAACAACUUUGCGUCAUGAAUGCGUAAUGACCUCAAACUCGCCCGUUUUGGGAACUUUCUCUCGCGGCUCUUGGGAAUGUCGUCCACGGCGGGACGUCUCGAGAUGAGAUGAACGUCACGGAGCUCCUCUUGGAGCUGGUCCUCAUGGUGGUCGCGGUGGUCUCGCUGGUCUCCAACCUCUCGGUGCUGCUCUGUUUCCUCCAGAGCGCAGACAUCCGCGCCCACGUGCCGGGUAUACUGGUCCUCAACCUCUCCUCCUCCAACAUCCUGCUCACCCUCAUCAACAUGCCGGCCACCUUCGUGGGGGUUGCCACCCGGGACAACCCGUUUGGGGACGCCUACUGUAAGGCCGUGAGCUUCUCGGAGACCUUCCUCACCUCCAACGGCAUGCUCUCCAUGGCGGCUCUGAGCGUGGACCGGUGGGUCGCGGUGGUCUUCCCUCUUAGCUACUCCACCAGGAUGGGACCGAGGGAGGCUUUCAUCAUAGUUGCGUAUUCAUGGCUGCACUCCGCAGCCUUCUCCCUCUCGGAGCUGGUUAUGUCCUGGGGCGGAUACAGCCACACCUACGCCUCGUGCACGCUGCACUAUAGCGGGAAGAGGGACGGCAGCAGCGGCACCGUGGGACCCUCGCAGCUGGGCGCCUUCGUGGCGUUCACCGCGGUGCUGCACGGUAGCGGCUUCCUGCUGUGCCUCACCGUCAUGACCAUCUCCUACCUGAAGGUCCUGAGGGUGGCCAGGUUCCACUGUAAGAGGAUAGAUGUCAUCACGGUGCAGACGCUGCUGCUGCUGGUGGAUAUUCAGCCCAGUGUUAAAGAAAGAUGUCUGGCGGAGCAGAGGAAGAGGAGUCAUCGUGCCUCUAAAAAGAUUUGCCUCUUCAUCGGGUCUUUUAUAGUGUGCUUCGCACCCUACGUGAUAACAAGGGUCACCCAGCUGGCGCCCCAGGUCCACAUCCCUCGUCCGUGGGGCAUCGCCACCAAGUGCCUGGCCUACGCCAAGGCGGCCAGCGACCCCUUCGUCUACUCGCUGCUCCGCCAGCAGUACCGCGCCGCCCUGGUCGGCAUCAGCCACCGCAUCCUGCGACGGGAACGCUACUCCUUCUCCACCCACAGCGCCAGCAGCAUGACGGACGUGGACGGGGGGACCCGAGUUCCCUGAGCAGCGUCUUCUGAAGGUCGGACGCCUUUAGGGUUCGGUUUGGGGGUUGGCGUCGCUAACGAGGUAGAGAGGGUUGACUGGUAACCGGAAGGUUGCUAGUUCGAUCCCCUCGCUCCUCCUAGCUGAGUGUCGAAGGUGUCCCUGAGCGAGACGCCUCACCCUGACUGCUCCUGACCAGCUGGCUGUCGCAGUGCAUUGUUGACUCCGCUGUCGGUGUGUGAAUGGUUUGUAAGUCACUUUGGUUAAAAGCGUCAGCUAAAUGUAAAUGGUUUUAGGCAGAAGACCCAGAGACACAACCUGAAUGAACUGGUUGGCCUCUGGAACCACUAAGACUCCUGGUCUUAGUGCUCAAUGAAGAUCUGAUCUUCUUGCUGACUGUUCCUCACAUUGCAGUCGCAUGCUCUAGAACCACAUUUGAAGUGGACUGAAUCGGAUUUGAGGCGAUCAGAUGUUCUGUCCCCAUCACGUCAUGUAGGCCUAUGUGUACAGCUUUUUUGUAUUAAAGGAAUUUGUGUCAA